AUGAUUAACGCGGUGCUGGUCUUCAACAAUAAUGGCCAACCGCGCCUAACAAAGUUCUAUACACAGCUGGCAUAUCUCCCCAAGCUCCCCCCACAGCCUGACAAAUCUGCUGAUACCGUCCAACAACGCCUGAUCUCCGAAAUAUUCACCCUUGUUGCUAACCGGCCGAACUCAUCCUGCAACUUUCUCCCCCUCCCACCCCUCCUCGCCUCAAGCUCCAAAUCCACCACCCCCUCCGAACCCCAUAACGACACCCCCUCGCUUGUCACAUACCGACACUACGCGACCCUGUACUUCAUCAUCAUCUCGACCUCCACCGAGUCUCCCCUAGCGCUACUCGACCUGAUCCAAGUCUUCGUCGAGGCACUUGACCGUCUGUUCGAGAACGUGUGCGAGCUGGACCUGAUCUUCAACUUCGAGACGCUGCAUGCGACGCUCAGCGAGAUGAUUGUUGGGGGCGUGGUCGUGGAGACGGGCCUCGAAAGAGUGGUAGAGGGCGUCAAGGCCCAGGGGAGGGUGGCGAAGAGGCCAGUCAAUGAGGGGAAAGGGGGUUUGGGGUUCGGUGGGGGCGGGUUGGGGAGUGGAGGUGGGAUUUGGGCCGGGAGGUGA